CUGGAAAAAGACUAUGGAAUAUCUACAUGAUUAUCAAACAUUCAUUAAAGAAACCAUUGGAACAUAUUCGAGAACAAGAAUUUAUAAUAUUCUCACCACAGUUGCAUAUUUCCACCAAUAUACGUUUGUGGAGGAGUUUUUGAAAUUGGUACCGCCACAAACACUUGAAUCUCUGACCCCAGACGGGAAUACGACAUUGCACGCAGCUGCGUUCCUUGGAGACAUUAAAUUUGUCAAGGCACUGGUGGAGAAGAACUCCAGAUUGACGCAAAUACGGUCCACCGAUGCAAUGAAAUGUGUGCCCCUCACCCUCGCCGCAAUAAAUGCUACAGAUGGACAAAAGGAGGUGGUGGACUAUCUUUGCUCUGUAACUAGAGACGACGACCCAAGUCCAUUCUCUGGUGAAGAUGGUUUUAAGCUACUGCUCUGUUUAAUGUUAUUCAAUAUGCAUGGUGUGGCACUAUCUGUAUGCCAACGAUUUCCAGGAUUGGUUGUAGAACUAAUGGAUAGAUAUGAAAAAGAUUAUAUACCGCGCCUAAUGCAAUUCAUUGUUGAUAGGCCGUUCGCAUUUUUGAGCGGAUCAAAAAUGAAGUGGUGGGAACGCUACAUCUAUUCUUUAAUCGAAGUGGAUACUGCUGGAGAAAAACAUGAGGUCGAAGGCAUCAGAUUAGGUGACGAAGAAAAUCAUCUGGAAACCUCAAUAAGGGAAAACUGUUGGACUAGUAACAAAAGAAUCAUAACUAAGUGCAUCUCAAGCUACUGCAUGCGAUAUAUAAGUCAAGUACCUCUUAUCAGGAGAUUAUACGAUCAAAAGUUGAUGGACAAAAACAUCGUUGCACUGACAAAGUAUUUUUUCACGCAACUCAAAGGAAUGGACAAAAAUAGAGUUAAAACCAUUUUUCUAGAUUAUAAAUUGUUGCCGAAUGCUAUAAAGUUUGGAACCACGGAGUUCGUCCUGGAGUGCCUAGGGACAUUUCCUUUCCUAUGUUUGGAAUUGGAUGAUAAGGGCACAAUGAUGAAGUUGGUUGUCAGCGAACGCAAUGAAGUUAUAUAUCAUUUCAUGCGUAUACUGAAAAACAAAAGUUUUACCGGUAGAACUUAUAGCCUCUAUGAGGAUAACAACAGUAUCCUACAUUUCAGUGCCGAGUUACCUCAUAGCCGCCGACUCAAUGUUGUAUCUGGAGCAGGGUUUCAGAUGCAACGAGAAUUGCAAUGGUUUAAGAUGGUGGAAAAUACAAUGCUACAGAAUGAUAGAUUUGUAAGAAAUAAAGAUGGUGAUACAGCUCAAUUUCUGUUUACAGAGAAACACAAAGAAUUGAUGAAGGGAGGAGAGGACUGGAUGAGAGAUUUAUCAACAUCGUGCAUGGUAGUAGCUGCUCUAAUAGCUACAAUAGCAUUUGCCGCUGCUAUCACUGUACCCGGAGGAAACCUUCAGGACAAUGAUAGUAGUUAUAAUGGUCUUCCAGUCUUGUGGUUAUAAACCUGCUAUCAUUUGCCGACUUUUUUAUUCCCAUCCCAUAGAUGUGGUUAUGGGAUGUCCUAGUGUUUAGAAA